AUGGAUUGGAUAAAGAGCAAUUGUCUUUUUAAUUUUGGCAAAAAUCAUCCAAAACAUCAUUUUUCAUUUUAUGAUCGUGAUCGUAUAAAUAAUGGUUUAAAUCGAAAUGUUUCUAUUGCUUUGAACAUAAAACAAACAACUAAUGUUGUUAAACAAAAGGAAAAUAUUAAAUGGAAAUAUUUACGAUUUGAGAAGUUUAAAGAAAAUUAUCUUUGUUUGAAUAAAUCUAAUGGGUUAUUUUCUUGUUUAGUAAAAGAAGAAGGCAUGGUAACAAUGCAUGAUGUAAUUGAUGCAACAUAUGCUUAUAUGCAUAAUAAAGAUGAAAGUUAUCUUCGUCGAGUUGUUAAACCAUUAGAAGCAUUACUUGUAUCGCAUAAACGUAUUAUUAUUAAAGACAGUGCAGUAAAUGCUGUUUGUUACGGUGCGAAAUUAUUAUUGCUUGGUGUUCUUCGUUAUGAAGAUGGAAUUGAAUUAAAUGAACAAAUUGUUAUAACAACAACAAAAGGUGAAGCGGUUGCAUUAGGUAUUGCUUUAAUGACAACAGCAGCAAUGGCGACAUGUGAUAAUGGUGUAGCUGCAAAAAUAAAACGUGUUGUUAUGGAACGUGAUAUUUAUCCGAGAAAAUGGGGUUAUGGACCAAUCGCAUCUAAAAAGAAAUUAAUGAUUAAAGAAGGAAUUUUAGGUAAAUUUGGUAAACCAACAGAAAACACACCCAAAAAUUGGCGAGAAAUGCUUUAUGAUGUUAGUGCUACACCAUCAGUUCCCGCUGUUGCAAAACGACCAUUUGAUGAAUCAAUUGCAUCGACAACAACAGUAUCCGACGAAACAAAACCUGAAAAGAAGAAAAAACAAAAAAUAGAAGAUGAUGAUAAUCAAAUGCAAACAUCAUCAACUAUGGAUGAUUCGGCAUUGGCAGAAUAUUCAAUACCCACUUUAAAAGAACUUCAUUUACGAAAAUAUCUUUCGGUUAAAUGUAUACCAAAUCAAAUAUUACUUGAUGCAAUACUCGCUCUUCAGAGCUUACGUAUAUGUCAAUUAUUACUUCGAAAAGUAGUAGUUGACAUCAACGAUCGUUCGAUUAUUAAAAGUAAUAUUAAACAACUUUUUAUCGUUUUAUAUCAUAAUGAUCGUGUACGUCAAAGAAUUGAACAAUGGCAAAGUCAACAACGACUCAAUAACCCCCUGCCAUUUCAACAGCCGUUACAUCCACUUCCUCUACGUCCAUUCCCUCAAUAUCGACUCCCAGCUCCACGUCCUGUUUAUCCAAACGAUCAUGAUUAA